AGUUUCUGCAUCCAGAGAGACAGAGUGAAGGCAGAAUGGGGACUCUCCUGCCUUUUGUGGGCAUGGUGGUAGUGAGUUUGUCUCAAGCUAGCAAUAUAGUUGUAACCAAAGCAGCUUUGUCAAGAGGGAUCAACAAAUAUGUUCUUAUUGUUUACUCUGGCGUCUUCUCAAGCCUCAUUCUUCUUCCUUGCUCUUUUGUAUUCAACAGAUCAGCUCGUCUUCCACCACUCACCUUCUCCAUUCUCUGCAGAUUCUUCUUGCUUGGUCUUGUUCAAUGUGUUAUAAAUGUAUGUGCAUAUGCUGGUAUAGAGUACAGCUCUCCUACACUUAGUACAGCUAUGCUCAACCUUGUCCCUGCUUUUACUUUCAUACUUGCAGUCAUUUUCAGAAUGGAAAAACUAGAAUGGAGGAGCAGAACCAGCCAAGCCAAGACCUUAGGGACCCUUGUUUCGAUUUCAGGGGCAUUUGUUGUGACAUUCUACAAGGGGCCAACAGUGAUGAAAACAGAAUCCCUCGGUGUCCCAACUCAUCUACUUAUUUUCUCACCACAAUUAAAGUGGAUAAUUGGAGCCCUGUUGCUCGCAACUGAAGCAUUUAUGCUUUCAACAAUGUAUAUUCUACAGACAAUGGUUCUCAAAAUGUUCCCAGCAGUUUUUACUGUCAUCUUAUAUGUUAACUUCUUCAAUACUAUUCUCUCUUCAUUUUAUUCUUUGAUUUUGGUUGAAGACCCAAGUGCCUGGAAGCUUAGACUUGAUAUAGGAUUAAUUGCGGUUUUAUACUCCGCACUUUUUGGGACUUUUCUGGUUUUCACCUUCUCUGCAUGGUGUCUUAGCAAGGCAGGACCUCUCUUUGUUUCCAUGUUCAAGCCAUUGACUAUUAUUUUUGCCAUUAUCAUCGAAGUUCUCUUCUUGGGAGAUGCUCUUUGUCUUGGAAGUUUGAUUGGUGCAAUCAUAAUUGUGACUGGAUUUUAUGCUGUCAUAUGGGGGAAAGCUAAUGAAGAAGAGAAAUCAAGGGAGGAAAGUGGGUUAGGGAGUUUCAAAUCAUCAAGUGAAAAGGUUCCUUUGUUGCAAGACAGAAUAGAAGACAUAGGGGUUUCUGCAUAAAGAGUCUAAAGACACAUAUUACACAACUGAAUUUUUAAGAAAACCAAGUAGUCCACCCUACAAAUUACUGCCAUGCUUCAGCAGAACAAUUCGGCAUUUUCCUACUUGGUUGAGCCUCCUCAGUGAGAUUGGCAUCCCUUCAGAGAUACUUUCAUUUAAUUACAUUCACUGAGCAAAUCUUAUUGAAGUACUUUACAUGCGAGCAAAGUCCUUAAAACUUUCUGUCGUCUUCAUAAUCAUUCUCUAAGUACUGGCUGCAGUCAUCAUUCAAUAUCUUGACACCUAUAGAAGAUUAAAUUUCUGUAAGUACU